AAAAUGAUGAAACACGUCAUCAGAGAGUGGGUUGAACUUAUUUCAGGUCCUAUUUCCAUGAGAGAACAGGAUCAACAAGUCUUUGCGCAUGCUGAUUUGCCUGCAGUAAAUGAUAAAUUAUCUAUGACAUUACGACUAAAAAUUCACAAUCAUCGUUCUAAUUGGGCUACAAUUUUUCAUAAGGGUACCGAACGUUUAGUCCGUACUCCCAUUCUCCAGUUGACGCCAAAUAAAUCUGCAUUGCAUGCUCGGUUCACAGGCAACUGGGAUCGUGAUGCUGGAAUUCAUGAACCUGAUGAUGGACUUUUACUAAACAAAUGGUACCAUAUAGCUUAUACACUUUCUGAUCCUGAAAAAAGAUUAGAUCUUUAUUUGGAUGGUAUAUGGAUCGGAUUCUAUGGAAUUUCAAAAGUUAUGGUGCAAAAGGUUAUCUUUAAUGAUGGACCAUUGCAUAUUGGAUGUACUGAUCACACUCAUCGUUCAUUUAAUGGUGAAAUUAGCAAUGUUCGUUAUUUCAACUGGCGCUUAUCUCCUGAGGAAGUAAUGGAAGAUUUUAUUAACGAAUCUCAGAAAAAACCAAUUGCAUAUGGAUCAAAAAUCGCUCUUAUACAUGUACAGUGCCCGGAAAAAAGUAACCGGUCAGCAGUAAAUUACGAUAAUCGUUAUGAAAAUAUCCUUCUAUGUAAAGUUUUUUUUUUAAUAAUUAACAUAUCUUUUGUGUAAUAAGUAAAAUUGAUCAUUGAAUUGAAUUGCAUCUACUCUAAAAAUUUCAUGAACUUCUGAAAAAAAUUGAUUGCUAUAUUUUAUGG